CGGUAGCCGCACACGCACACGCACACAUCCACGUGGGUCGUCUCUGCAAGUUUGAUUCACGCGUGGUGUCAAUAAUUAUGGUAUUUACUUGAUAAAUUCAGUGUUUUGUAGAAAAUAAACCGCCAAGAUGCAGGUGUCGAAUCCGAAUGACGUUAAAAUUUACAAUCUCAGCGCCGGGAAGAGUCUUCCCGAGUGGCUGUCGGAGAGGAAGAGGAGGAAUUUGGUGAAAAAAAAUAUUGAUAUCAGAAGGCGGAUAGAACUUAUUCAAGAUUUUGACAUGCCCGGUGUCAGUACUUCCAUCAGAGUGUCUAAAGAUGGACAGUACGUAUUUGCAACGGGUAUAUACAAACCAAGGCUCAAGUGCUUUGAUGUGAAUCAGUUGUCAUUGAAAUUUGAAAGAUGUUUUGACUCAGAAGUGGUGACGUUUGAAGCUCUGUCAGAUGACUAUAGCAAAUUAGUAUUUUUACACUGUGAUAGGCAUAUUGAAUUUCAUGCUGCUCAUGGUAAAUAUUACAGACUGAGAAUACCAAGGUUUGGUAGAGACAUGCAGUAUCAUUAUCCAUCUUGUGACCUGUUUGUCGUAGGGGCUAGCAAUGAAAUAUACCGGUUAAAUUUGGAAAGAGGACAGUUCUUACAACCAUUGAUCUCAGAAAGUUCGGCCAUCAACAAAUGCACAAUAAAUCCGGUUCAUCAUCUUUUAUUAGUUGGAAAUGACGAGGGUAAGGUGGAGGCUUGGGACCCACGAGUAAGAAAUAAAGUUGGAACACUUGACUGCGGUUUUAGUUGCAUAAAACAAGAUAACAAAUUGGACACAGUGCCUUCAAUCACAGCUCUUAAGUGUCAAGGUGGUUUGACUUUGGGUGUUGGAACUGUCACUGGACAAGUUUUGCUAUAUGACCUUAGAUCUAAUAGCCCAUUCAUGAUAAAGGAUCACAUGUAUGGAUUACCAAUCAGAAAUAUUGAGUUCCAUAAAAGUAUGGAUUUGGUUUAUUCUAUGGAUAGUUCUAUUGUUAAAAUAUGGGAAAAGCAAACUGGAAAAAUAUACACAUCUAUUGAAGCCCAGUCAGAUUUUAAUGAUCUGUGUAUUGUUCCAAACACUGGUUUGAUGUUUAUGGCUAAUGAAAAUACAAAAAUACAGUCAUACUACAUACCAAGUCUUGGUCCGGCACCAAGAUGGUGUGGUUUCCUUGACAAUCUUACUGAAGAACUUGAAGAAUUGGACUAUGAAACAAUUUACGAUGAUUACAAAUUCGUCACUGAAAAGGAAUUGGAUGAAUUAGGCCUGUCACACUUGAAGGGCACUAACUUAUUGAGAGCAUACAUGCAUGGAUACUUCAUGGAUGUCAGGUUGUACAGAAAGGCCAGAGAUGUCAUGAAACCAUUCGAAUUCGAAGAAUACAAAAAGAAAAAAAUACGAGAAAAAAUUGAAGAAGAACGACCGAAACGAGUACAGGUGCACAAAUUGCCAGCUGUUAAUAAGGAUCUGGCAUUGAAACAUCUUGACAACGAAGAAACUACCGAUCCAAAGAAAAAGAAGAAGGCAACGCCGAAUUUGUUGAAAGACGAUCGGUUUAAAGCCCUGUUCGAAAAUCCCGACUUCCAAGUUGAUCCUAAUUCUGAAGAGUAUGCUCUUCUUAAUCCAGUUAUUUCACAAAUGGGUAAAACUAAAAAACGAGCUGCCAGUAAAGUACAAGUUAAGGAAGACAAUGUCGAAUAUGACGAUGCGGAAAAUCUGCAUUCCGAAGACGAAGACAUGGCUGAUAGUUCGGAUGACGAGAAACCUUGGGUAAAGGAAGUACAAAAGCAAUAUCGUUUGGUAAAAGAAAGCGAGAAAAAACUUGAAAUGGAAGAAAGAAGAAAAAAAGAAGAAGAAGAAGAGAAUGCAGAGGGACCCAAGAAACAACCUAAAUUCUAUGAAUUAAAGGAUGGUGCUAGUUACAAUGGGUCUAAGUACAUGAGAAAACGAGCCAAAGCCAGUCUGGGUGACAGAUUGCAGAAGGAGGAGUCACAUAGAAUCAGUGUGUCUGGGUCAAGAGGAAACAAGGAAAUGACAUUCACCAUGGGAAAGAAAAAUUUCGGCAAAAAAGGAGGUCAAAACAAAACGAACAGACAAGAUUUCAAGCAUCUGUUAAGACCAGCAAGAAAUAUAGGAAAGGGUAGAAAAAUGAAAUAAGUAUAAUUAAUUUAAUUAAAUUAAUUAAAAAUUUGUUAUUGUACAGUUGUAAAUAAAUCUUAUUUCUAUAU